CUAAGCAGCAUAUCUUUUUCAUAAAAAUUUUAAACUGGAACAGAGUAACCAUUUCAUAACUAUAAUUCAAAGAUGAAAACAGAGAGUGACCACUUGGACCUAAUCUAUCAGGAGAGACCAGCCUCAUCUGUAGCCAGCCAUGUGUCCAUGAAGAGUGAUUGGUCAAUGGGAAAACCUAUGCAGUUUAAAGAGUGUGUCUUUUCUACUGAACAAAGGGACCAUGAAAGAAGACCAGCCUCUCCGGUACCCAGCUGUCUGUCCAUGAAAAGUGACUGGUCUCUGGGAUUACCUACAGAGUUCAGAGAAGGAAACUUGUCUGCAGAUCAAAGAGACCAACAGGAGAGAUCAGAGUCAGAGAUUCUGAGUGGUCAAUCUGUCCAGAGUCAUUCAACAGGCCUGUCCUCUAUAUUCAGAUUACUUGAACAUAAUAUCAUGGCUUUUGUGAGGAAAGAGCUGAAGAAGUUUGAGGCAAUGCUGAGUUCAGAUCUCCCAGAAGGCUUUGAGAGUCAGAGGGAGGAUGAGGAAGGUGUGGACCCUGAAGAUGAGUUGCAGGAGAGCAGUGCCAAAGAGGGGGCUCUGAAGAUCACAAUGCAUGUCCUGAGGAAGAUGAACCAGAAGGAGCUUGCUGACACACUGGAGAAAAGUCAGCUUGCUAUGACUUGCCCACAUGAGGUAAAAUCAAACCUGAAGAAGAAGUUUCAGUGCUUAUUUGAGGGUAUUGCUAAACAAGGGAACCCAACACUUCUCAAUAAGAUCUACACAGAGCUCUACAUCACAGAGGGUGGAAAGGGAGAGGUCAAUAAUGAACAUGAGGGAGCUGAAUUUGAUGAAAGGUGA